GGAAGGAAAAGGGGGCGGUGGUUCCGUGCUCUUUGCUCUUUUCUCAGUAGAGGGGGUUCGCAGCUGGUCGCUUCUCCUGCACAGGUUCCCUAGCUCGCCUUGAACUCCGAGUCCCGAGUCCGCGGCCUCCGCGCCGCAGCCGCUGUGGCCAUGGAGCUGCCGCAGGCCGGCCCCGGAGCCGGAGCGGAGGAGGAGGAGGAGGAGCCGGGACCGUCCACAUCUUGGAAGGCGAGAAUGGACCUCAAGGACUGGGAGGAAGACGAGGCAAAUGAUCCUACUUUUGAACCUAAAAGUUGCAGACCUGAAAGAGGAACUGAUCCUCAUUACGAGAAGAAGAUGAAAGCAGACCGUGCAAAAAGAUUUGAAUUUCUACUGAAGCAGACGGAGCUGUUUGCUCAUUUCAUGCAGCCUACUACUCAGAAAUCACCACCAUCGCCAUCGAAGGUGAAAACAGGACAUUCACGAGGGAAGCAGGAUGAAAAACAAAGUCUUCUUUCAGCUGGAGAUUACCGCCGUAGACUGACUGAGCGAGAAGAAGAUGAGGAACUGAUAUCUGAGAAUGAAAAUACAUCAAAUGUUUGUGUUCGAUUUGAAACAUCUCCUUCAUAUGUGAAAGGAGGAACACUGCGAGAUUAUCAGGUUAGGGGCCUGAAUUGGAUGAUCUCCCUUUAUGAAAAUGGAGUUAAUGGCAUUCUGGCAGAUGAAAUGGGUCUUGGAAAGACUUUACAGACCAUCUCGUUGCUUGGCUACCUAAAACACUAUCGGAAUGUCGUUGGGCCUCACAUGGUUUUGGUUCCCAAAUCAACUUUGCACAACUGGAUGAGUGAAUUUAAACGCUGGGUGCCCUCUAUCCAGGCUGUUUGUCUCAUUGGAGAAAGGGAGACAAGAGCUCGCAAAGGUCACUGGCAGUGGUCCAGCCAUCACAGUUGCCAGGUUUUCAGUACUCGAAGAUGUAGUUCAUCUGGGCCUGGUGUCUUGAACUCAUCAAGGGCAGCUAAGUUUUUGUAUUUGGCUACCUUUAUUCGCGAUACAAUAAUACCAGGAGAAUGGGAAGUGUGUGUCACAUCAUAUGAAAUGGUAAUCAAAGAAAGGGCCCUGUUCAAAAGAUUUAAUUGGCACUACUUAGUCAUUGAUGAAGCUCACAGAAUUAAGAAUGAAAAGUCCAAGCUUUCUGAGAUUAUUCGGGAGUUCAAGACCACAAACCGCUUGUUACUGACUGGUACACCAUUGCAGAAUAAUCUGCAUGAGCUCUGGGCAUUGCUCAAUUUCUUGCUGCCUGAUGUCUUCAAUUCUUCAGAGGAUUUUGAUUCCUGGUUUGAUACUAAAAAUUGUCUUGGUGAUCAAAAACUUGUGGAAAGACUACAUGCCGUUUUAAAACCAUUUCUGUUACGGCGUAUAAAAGCUGAAGUUGAAAGGACUCUACCUCCUAAAAAGGAAGUAAAAAUUUACCUUGGCCUGAGUAAGAUGCAAAGAGAAUGGUACACACGAAUUCUGAUGAAAGAUAUUGAUAUUUUAAAUUCAGUUGGAAAGACGGAUAAAAUGAGACUGCUGAAUAUUCUCAUGCAAUUGCGAAAAUGUUGCAAUCAUCCCUACCUGUUUGACGGUGCUGAGCCUGGCCCACCAUAUACAACUGAUGCUCAUAUUGUCAAUAACAGUGGUAAAAUGGUGGCACUGGAUAAACUGCUGGCCAAACUCAAAGAACAGGAGUCAAGAGUCCUCAUUUUCAGCCAGAUGACACGAUUACUGGAUAUCCUGGAGGAUUACUGCAUGUGGCGGGGUUAUGAGUACUGUCGGCUAGACGGACAGACACCACAUGGGGAAAGAGAGGAAGCAAUCGAGGUCUUUAAUGCUCCUAACAGUACCAAAUUCAUUUUUAUGCUGAGUACAAGAGCCGGAGGGCUUGGCAUUAAUUUGGCCACUGCAGAUGUGGUUAUACUGUAUGAUUCAGACUGGAACCCACAGGUUGACCUGCAAGCUAUGGAUCGAGCUCAUCGCAUUGGUCAGAAGAAGCCAGUACGGGUAUUCCGCCUUAUUACCGACAACACUGUUGAAGACAGGAUUGUAGAAAGAGCAGAGAUCAAAUUGAGACUUGACUCUAUCGUUAUACAGCAAGGUCGGCUCCUUGAUCAACAGUCCAACAAGUUGGCAAAAGAUGAAAUGCUGCAGAUGAUACGCCAUGGAGCCACACACGUUUUUGCUUCCAAAGAUAGUGAACUGACAGACGAAGAUAUCACAACUAUUUUAGAGAGAGGAGAAAAGAAGACUGCAGAAAUGAACGAACGGUUGGAGAAAAUGGGAGAGAGCUCUCUAAGAAAUUUCACCAUGGAUGCUGAAACAAGUCUGUACAAAUUUGAAGGAGAAGAUUAUAGAGAGAAACAAAAGGUCAGCAUGAUGGAGUUUAUAGAGCCUCCUAAGCGAGAACGCAAAGCUAGUUAUGCGGUGGAUGCCUAUUUCAGGGAUGCUUUACGGGUUUCUGAGCCAAAGGUUCCAAAGGUUCCCCGACCACCGAAACAACCCCACAUUCAAGAUUUUCAAUUCUUUCCACCACGUUUAUUUGAGCUUCUGGAAAAAGAACUCCUUUAUUAUCGGAAGACCAUAGGUUACAAGGUAGCGCCAAAGAAUCCCGAACUCCCCGAUUCAGCUCAAGCGCAGCAGGACGAACAGAAGAAGAUUGAUGAAGCUGAAGCUCAAACUGCUGAGGAGAUUGAAGAGAAGGAAAAGCUUCUUUCUCAAGGAUUUACAAACUGGAACAAACGAGAUUUUUACCAGUUUAUUAAAGCUAAUGAGAAGUAUGGGCGUGAUGAUUUAGAUAAUAUUGCCCGAGAGGUGGAGGGAAAAUCACCUGAGGAGGUCAAUGAAUAUUCAGCUGUGUUUUGGGAUCGUUGUAAUGAACUACAAGAUAUUGAAAAAAUCAUGGCUCAGAUUGAACGAGGAGAAGCUAAAAUUCAGCGUCGGAUCAGUAUCAAGAAAGUUCUGGAUGCCAAAAUCGCAAGAUACAAGGCACCCUUCCAUCAACUGCGCAUUCAGUAUGGCAACAACAAAGGGAAGAACUACACUGAAGAGGAGGAUAGAUUCCUGAUUUGUAUGCUCCAUAAAAUGGGCCUGGACAGGGAAAAUGUAUAUGAAGAAUUACGCCAGUGUGUGCGCAAUGCACCUCAGUUUAGAUUUGAUUGGUUCAUCAAAUCAAGAACUGCCAUGGAAUUCCAGAGACGUUGUAAUACUCUCAUAUCCCUGAUCGAAAAAGAAAACCUGGAAAUUGAAGAGAAAGAAAAAGCCGAAAAAAAGAAGCGAGGAGGGAAAGCGUCAUUGGUAAGACCCAGAAAAGAAAGGCAGAGCCAGCCGCAGAGUGCUCUGGAAAGAAGCACACCAAGAAAGUGAAAUCGGCCAAAAAUAAUGCAGAAUGAGAAAUCUCUACUCCAGCCUCUAACUUCCUCCUCUUUAUGGUCAAAUAUUAAUUGCUAGCUUUAUUGUAUUCCCAAUAAUUAAUAAAAAUUCGGUAGUUCUAAUUUUUUGCAUAUUUUAUAUCUUUUAACAAGGCAUUUUACCUAAGAGUUAUACUUAUCCAUUCCCCCCAAAUUGUGUCCUGUAAUUUGUGAAUUUCAUGCCUUCCUCAAUAAUACCCCCAGACCUUAUUCUUUGGAAGUUCGUGCUGAGAUUUGAGCUUUUCUAUGUUUUGUACACUACUGCUGCUUUGAAAAAGAGCCUAGAUUCUAUAGUUGUAUCUUUCUUCUUUCAUACUUAAAGUUUAUAUGGUUGUGCAGAAAUAAAAUUAAAAUUGUUUGAG